AUGAGCUCCGAGACCACCCGCCGUCAACACGCGGCACCAGCAAAUAUCCGUGAUUCUUUCUCCCGGGCCAUGUCCGCUAUGUAUGCGACUGAGGUCCCUCUAUACGGAACACUGCUUUCUCUUGUUUCUCACGUCAAUAAGACGACUCUUGAGCAGGAUGAUUCACUACGCCGGCACUUGGAAGCCACAGACGACCUAGACCGCAUCGAUCUGGAACGACAUGGCGCCAUCAGAGUUGGUACCCCGUCAGAACUUCAUUCAGUGCGGCGCGUGCUUCGGGCAAUGGACAUGCUUCCUACUGGGUACUACGACCUUUCCGCAGCGGGAGUACCAGUGCAUGCAACCUGCUUUCGCCCUCACAGCGCAUCGGAGCUAUCCAAGAAUCCAUUUCGCCUGUUUGUCUCGCUGUUGCAGCCGCACCUGAUUGCAGAUGAAAAUCUCCGGACCAUUGCCAUGGAGACUCUUGGUUGUCGCCAAAUCUUCUCAAAUCGCAUGUACGACCUCCUAGACAUCUAUGAGAGCUGUGGUGGCCUUACAGACGAGGAGGCUGAGCAGUUCGUGCGGGAAGCGAGGGACAGCUUCCGAUGGCAUACUAGUGCAGCUGUUCCUCACGAUGAUUAUUUGCGGCUUUUGCACGAGAAUUCUGUCUUAGCCGAUAUUGUUGCUUUUCGGUCACCUCACAUCAACCACCUCACUCCCCGUACCUUGGACAUCGAUGCGGUACAGUCCGAAAUGCUCGGCCGGAAUAUCCCGCUCAAGGAGUACGUCGAAGGUCCGCCGAAAAGGAAGUGCCCAAUUCUUCUUCGACAAACCAGCUUCAAAGCUAUUGAGGAGCCGAUUGAAUUUCUAAGAGACACAAAGGGCGACCCGACGGGCUCGGCUAAUGCCGUGUCUGGGUAUCAUACGGCCAGGUUUGGGGAAAUUGAGCAGCGAGGCGUGGCAUUAACAGUCAAGGGGCGUCAGAUGUACGACUCGAUGUUGCAAUCGGCAUUGCAGGAUGGCAUCACUGCCGUACAUGCAGACGCAUAUUCUCUGAGAUUCGCCGAAUUCCCCGAUUCAUGGGAGCAGCUACGUGCGGAGGGUCUGGCGUGGUUUCAAUACCGUGUUGAUUGGGACAAACUGCAGUCGGUAGAGACUCUGAAAUAUGACAAUCUCGAAGAUCUGAUUGAAUCCGGUUAUGUGGUGUACGAGCCCAUAGUCUACGAGGAUUUCCUCCCUAUCAGCGCAGCAGGCAUCUUCCAGAGCAAUCUUGUCAAUCCUAGGACAACGAACGGCGGUCCACAGAGAUCGGUUCCUCGCAGUAACAAAAGAGAAUUUGAGCUCGCCCUGGGCGUGGAAACUAUGGACGAGAUGAUACUAUACAAAAAAAUCCAGGACGAUAGUCUGGCGAAAUGUCGACAGUCUCUUCGAGACUUCGGAUUGGAAACAGCCGCAAUAUGA